AUGGUCUAUUGCGGAAAACCAUCAAGAGCUUGCAGCAACUGCAGGUCACGUCAAGCCAAGUGUGACAGGAAGCAGGAGUGUGGGCAAUGCAGAAGAGCGGGUUUGCAAUACCCAGGCCCUCGAGAUUCAAAUGAACUAGUAUUUAGGGAUCAAAGCCAGGAAGUCAGUCGGAAAGUAACCACGAAAAGCUCGCGGUCCAUCAUCCCCAAGAGUAUUAUUGCAACUACCCUCGAACAAGCCAAAGCUUUAUUCUUCAACCGGUAUGUCAACGGAAACGCAAAGACCUACGACUACAUUGCAUCGUUCAUCCCAAAGACGGAUUGGGUUUCUUGUCUAUCUGCCGCGGUGGACGCUGCGAGUUUGGCAUAUUUCUCGACCCAAAACUCUUCCCCUGUCGUCCUAAAAUAUGCAAGGGAGAAUUACGUUCUUGCUCUUCGACUGGUCGGCGAAGCUCUACAGUCCCGUGACCAGGCAACGAAGGACCCAACCUUGGUGUCUGUACUACUUCUAGAUCUCUUCGAGAAGUUGACCCGGACUCAUCGAUCUUCAGAUUCAUGGACCAAGCACAUGAAGGGAGCAAUCGAGCUUGUCAAGCUCCGUGGUGAUGCUCAGUUCCGGAGCGUCCUUGGCCUGAGAUUGUUCCUGCAGUUCCACUCUACCCUUCUGAUUGGCUGCCUGCAACACAAUGCCAGAGUUCCUUGCCAUCUUAUUGAGCUUCGUCGUGAAGCUAGCCAAUAUAUAGAUUCGAAAGAUCCAAAGUGGAAUUUCUCAGAAAUCGUUCUUCGAUUCGUUGCGCUUCGGGCGGAGACUCGUGAAGGACGCUUUAAAAGCAAAGAACUUCUAGAUACUGCAAGACGCCUUGAUGCUGAACUGAAAGUCGUCGCAGAGACUGUUCCGCCCGAGUGGAAGUAUAAUAUUGUCAUGGUUCCAUCACCCGUCGAGGAGGUUUAUGGAGAAUAUUUCCACCUUUAUAUGGAUUAUCAUAUGACACAUACCUGGAACAAUAUCCGGAUCAUUCGAAUACUUCUUAACGAACUUAUCAGAGAGCAUUAUUUAAGUCAGGCCGAUCCUGCUGAACUAUCCUCGAUAUUUUCUCCCGAGUCUCACCAUGACGAUUAUGCUCAUGUCUCCGACUGUAUCCUGACCCUGUCGACUGAAAUUGUCGCGUCGGUGCCACAAUAUACUCAACUCCCACGACAUGUUAAUGGAUCUAUGUCUGAACCUUCGUCAAUAGAGUAUUCUACCCAUUAUCCAUUAAUUCCUAGAAAAAACCCCUUGUCCCACCUUCCCCGAAUAUCAAGUUCAAAUUCCAUUCAGGCCAAAGUUAAACUUGGUCCACAGGACUUCACACUCUUCGAAACCUCGAGAUGCUACUCCUUGGUAUUCCCUCUAUAUGUUGUUGGCAGCUUAGAAGUCUGCUCAGACUCGAUGCAAGAGUGGAUCCUCACCACAUUAGCUUUCCUGAAAAAUAUCGUGGGUAUCAAAGAGGCAGCGGUUGCUGCGGGUUACUUGAAGGGAAGAGAGAAAAUCAACCCGUGGUCUUUGUAUGCAAUGAUUGGGAGUUACUCGUUCUCUGCUUAA